AUGGCUUGUGUUCUCAUACCGUUCCGACGGGAAAAAGCAAGAGCUGAUAAUUUUUUGAUCACAGCAUCUGUUUCGUUACUGAAUGUUGAAUUACGCAAGAAAAGGUGGUAAGGGACACGAUAAAGUAUUUUCUUUCUCUCUUUUCUCUUAGGAGUUUAGUCUUCGAAGCUGCUUGUCUCACUAGAGUCAGACUUUUUUUCACUUUUCUGCUGAGAAAAUGAUCCAAAUUUAGACUCUGACGAAGCAUACAAUUUCGAAAACAAUGUAAAUUUCACUAUGAUUAAUUGAAUUGAGGAAAAAAUUUGCGUUUUUAGAAUUUGGCUGAGUUUUAUUUCACUGUUGAAUACCGCGUGAGACUUAAGCAACAGAAACAAAGGGUCUUUCCCCAAACAGAAUAUUGUUUGCCCUUUGAAGUUGCAAGACUCGGUGAAAAACAAAUACUAAGCUAAUUCGUGUUUUUCACGGCAGUGCUGUGAGAGAAAGUUCUUGAUAACGGUUAAUUAUUGACAACGAGGGGGAGGGAGGGGUUAGUUUUACUAGUUACCAGUCUUGGCAUAAAGACAUCAUGGCGGCUGCCUUGAAGAUACGAUGUACUUCUUUGCCUUUUGUCGUAUUCCAAAGUAACAAAAGAUGUAAGUGCAUCUCAGCCCUUGAAUCGUAAAAUGUCAAUCGCUUAUACAAGGAUAGAAUCUGCACUGAACAGAAAUAUGGCUAACUAUGGCAACUUUUUUUCACGUUAUGCUGACAUUCUUGUUUUGUUCCUUAAUUAGGUAUCCCCACAAGCUUGCAGUUUUUUGGAAAAAAAGGAAAGCGAAAUACAGUACAAAGGUAGUCAAAUUAGACUUUGGAUCUCUUAUCUUUCUCUAUUAGCUCAUUAAAAGUUAUUGAUUUCUUAAUCGUCAGUUUGAGUCGAAUAAAUAUUUCUUCCAAUUACUUUUUCUCUCAGCCGGUAGCGUGGUUUGGAGGUGUUGAAAAUGGUUAUCGUGGUGGUCAUUUUUGGCCUGAGCCUGAUCUAGUAGAUAGUAAACUUACUCUCCUCAAGGUAAGUUUCAAAUAAAGGCAACACGAGGUAGAAAUUUGGGGGCAAAUUGCCGUAAAGUGCCACAGCAUUCGGAAACGAAAUUGUGGUCCGAAAGACUUGCUUUCGUCAUUGUUUUCUUUAUCCAAGAGCUCUAUGCAUAAUGAACUAUGGGGAAGUGCACAAAUCUUGGCCAACUCUUUGAAACCAUCGUUUUCGUAAACACGUUAUACCUACUUACUGAAGCCUUCCUUGCUUUUUUCUUAGGCUUGCUCCUUCCUCCGAUUCAAUUUGCGUUAAGUUUUAAGAAAUUUUGAAAUAAAAACAGUCCAUCUUUCGUUAUGAAGAAUUUUUUAAGCCACCAGGUUUUUAAUAUCGCUUAACUUCUUGCGUUGGAUUACUAUGUAAUAUUAUGCUAAUUUAUUAAUGUUAAAUCUAUUAUAACCUUCAUUGUAAAAGUUCAAAGUACAACAGCUGAAGAGAAAAAAAUAUUAUGAAAUGCUAUUGAAUCUUUGAAACGUUUGAGGACAGAUGAUUAAAUUUAUAUUGCCAAAACCAUGAAAUGAACUUUAUUUCACAUUAUUCACUCCCUGGAGGUUAAAAGACACUACACUGGCAAAAUUAAUAGGGACCUUAACCAGUCAGGAGAGUGAUAUGCCAAGGAAGACAAAUUGAUUAAAAAAUAAAUCUAUAUUUUUGUUUGGAAUUUCUUGAAUGGCCGCAUGAAUGUUUGUACUGUCUCUAACAGUGCCGCAUCUCAACCUCUGCAUAAUGUGUGUGAUUCACAUUGAGUUCCAUAUUGAAACUGAAAUAAUUUUCUGUCAGUGUUCCUGUACACAGACCACGCCAAAUUUGGUUACUUCACGUUGAUGUUUGCCAAGGACAGCUUCAACAUACAAAAAGUUCUAAACGCUAGUGCUUAGCGAUUGUUCUGCUCAUUUGGUCUUUUGUUUUGUCACAUCUUUGUUUCCAUCAUUCUCAUGGUUUGUUCAAGGUCCCUAAUAUUGUUGUUAUCAAGUUUGUUUCUUUGUUUUAAAACAAUAUUUAUUUGUAUUUGUAGAACCCAGAAGAUGAAAUGACAGAGUAUCAAGAAAAGCAGUGGAAUAUUUACAUCUGUAAUGUAAGCUUUUCCCUUUUCAAUUUUACAUGAGUAUGUAGUCGCUCUUUGCCUUUGAUACUAUUUUCACUCCAGGCAGUUUGGAGUAAAUCUGAACACUUUUCAUCUUCCUCUUGCUUCUUUGAAAUCAUUAGGUGUCCCCCAGUGGUUGUCACCAGCUUCUGGCCACUGGCUGUAUUGAUAUCAGCAAUUACAUUACAGAGAUGCCUGGAAAAGUGGAAGUUACUGUCACUCUUAAGCCAGCAAUCAAGAAAGUUGUUUCUGGUAAAAUUGAGUUUGAAUUAUCAUGGAUUAUCCAGGAAGAUGGCAGAGUCAUUCAGUGAGUAUUCUUCAGUAAUUUCCAUAGCUAGUUAUUGUAAUGAUCAUCUAGCCUAUGUUUGGCAUUUAUAAAUCAGUUACUAUCAUAAUGCUAUUUUAGAUCCAUGAACUUAAUCAAUAAUCUUUCAAAGUGAGAUAUUAUCAUUUUUGCUGCAUAAUCACAAGGGUCAACUAAAAUCUAAAGUUUACUUGCUCAAUGGUUUUUAUUCAUGCAAUUAUUAUUUGUUUUGUCUAAAAGUAAUUGUAUUGUGAAAUUCCAUUAACUCUUUUGCAUUACCUUUACAGUCCCACAGAUGAAGAGAUAUGGGAAGAGAUAAUGCAGGAGGUCAGAGAGGAACAAGCAAGAAGAAAAGCUGAGGGAAAGACAGCAAAACAAAAAUCUUUGAAAAAAAGAAGGCGCAGGAAACGUGGCUGCUCAAGUAAUACAGAUUUUGCCACUGAAGAAGACAAAAAGAAAGAUAAAAGCAAUGAAGUUGGCUGCUCAAGUAGUACAAAAAUUGCUGUUGGGGAAGAUAAAGAAACUAUUGAACAACAAGGUGGCAUCUUCCCAAAUGCUGAACCUCAGGUGGGUCCCUCAUCUGGCAGCAAUACCAAAGUGGGGUCAGGAAAGGUCAGGAGGCAGUCUUCACCUCAUCAUGCACAUCUUAGCCCUGUUUCACCUCAAACACACCCACCUGCUGGCCAGGGUCUGCCACUAGAGAGUAAAGAGAAAAAAGAGGUGCAGAGUAAAAGGAACCUUCAUAAAACUGUCAGGUUUCAAAUUGAUGAACAGCCUGAGGUAUUACAUCUUGUUGUACAUGAUGAAGAAGCAAUGGAAUCCUUGUCAGAAACUGUUUACAGAGAAACAGUUUUCAUAAAGGAAGAUGAAGUUGCAACAAAAGAAAAGUGCAUUCCCAAGAGAGAUGAAAAUUCAUGUAAGUUCUGUUUUGAUUUCCAGCCUCCCAUUCCAAAUGGAAAGGGGCUUAAAUUUGAAUACUUUUCUCCUGUUUGAUCUGAUUUAUUUUCAAUCAAACAGUUUUAUUGUAAGACUCCUUGGAACCUUGAGCUAUAAGCACUAAAUAAAAAUCAUAACUUUACAUUUUUUUAUUGUGAAUUACAACUAUUUUUGUUGAUUAUUGAUGUUAACUUUUUUGUUCAGCCUCAAGUGGAAGCCAGCUUCACUCAGAGUUGGCCAGUUAUGUUGAAGAGGAACUGAAGCUUGUUCAAGAUGAAUUAUUAUCUUCAGAAGAAGUCUGCUCAAAAGUUAAACUUGAAAUGCAGAGAGCUAUGUCAUCAGGUGGGUGAUCCAUUUCCAAAAUGAUAAAGUGAAAUACCUUGGAAUUUCAAAAAAACUUAUGUUAAGUUUUUUUCCCCACUAAGGAGUUAUAAAUCUUUUACUCCAGGAUCCUAUUGGUAAUUCUCUUUACUGUCUGCAGUACAAUUCUUAUGAUAUUAGAUCAGUAAAAUUGGUAUUGAAUGGACUAAUGCUAUUGUUUUGAUAUUGUAAGGAUAAAUUCUGUCGUGAUCAUUCUCAGGAGUGAAAGCAUUAAAAAUAUUAAAAAACAGCUAAUCCCCAAACUAGAGAUACUGCAAGUUUUUACACUUAUUUCAGGUGUUAAAAGCCAUGCUUAACUCACGCAGCCUAUACAAUGUAUUUGUUUACUUUUUGUCUGUAGACCAGAAAGAAGAGUUUGAAAGCUUAAACCAAGGCUGGCUUAUAUCGGAUAGCUUCCAUUCCAAAGUGAUGAAAAGAAAAGAUGACCUUCUUGCCCUGUAAGUAAUGAAGACUUGUUUUAGAAAAGAAAUAAACAUGUUCAUUAUGACCUAAAAUGUAGUCUUACAUUGUAAUCCAUGAUCCAAAAACUCUGCACAGGUGCCUAUAUAUGUUUACCAACUGCCUUUGAUAUGGAUAACUGAUCUAUCUAUCAUAUAUUGCUUAAUUAGUUCCUCUGGAUUCAUUUUUAUUUCAUACUAUUUUUGUUAAUAAUAAAAAAUGUGACCAAUGGAAUGAAUAAUGUUUGAUUUACAGAUCGAGAAGUUCCACUGUUUGUCCUUGUUAUUUAUUUGGGUUUUUCAGAGACUGUAGUGGUUCUGCUUAACUAAAGGUUGUAUUUAGCUUGAGGCAGAUUUGCUUGAUUUUCUGUUUUCCUUUCACCAAUAUAGUGACAAAGGAAAAAACAUUGAAAGUUGUCUUAACUUGCUGUGUUCAGAUUUGAGACGCCUUUCAGAAGUGGAAGGUAAGUAUUCAGUUGUUUCUCCUCCUUUUUCUCAGUUUAGUGUUAUUGGGACUGGUUUAGUGAGCCUUGAUUCUUAACCCUUUACACCCUAACAUCAUUCUGUAUAUAUAUAUAUAUAUAUAUAUAUAUAUAUAUAUAUAUAUAUAUAUAUAUAAACUCCAAACUGUUCUCUUUACAUUUCCUAAGGUGCUGAUAAGGUGAAUUUGUUUAACAACCUUGAGUUUCUUUACAUAGUGAUCAUUUCCUUUAUCCUUGUGAUAUUCUAAAGAGAAAUUAGAUGCUAUUCACUCUUCAGGGCCAAAGGCAUAAGCCAAAAUGUAGAUGAAGGAAACAAUGUUUUGUGUUUUGAUUUUAGGGUGGAGGAAAACAGAUGAGAACAAAGCUCAUGAAAAAAGAGUUGCUGGACUCAUUGCUGCAAUUCACCAGCAAAGCCUUCAUGCCUAA